CAUCAGUGACUUUAUAUUGUCAACCAUGGCUUCCAAAUGCCCUGCUGGCUCCACUGACUGCUCUACCAAGGCCAAGAGAGUGAGGAGAAGCAUCAAUCUUGAGCUGAAAUUGGCGACUCUGAGGCGGCAUGCUUGAGGAGAAGUGGGUGAAUGCUAUUGCAUGCUUGAUUGGUGUGGUCUACUCAUCUGUCUCCACCAUCCUCAAGAAUGCUGCCAGCAUCAGGAAAGUAGGUGAAGCCUGCACUACACUGAUGGUGAAGAUGACCACUACACCUACUCUCACUAUGAAUUUGUCAGCAGAAAUGAGUGGACAAAUUAACUCUGGAGUGAGUGAGGAAGAUCAAAGGAGGACACCAGAAGAAAGUCCUACCCAAAGUCCUAGCUUAUCAAGUCCGGCAUUUCCCACACAUACAGUUUCUGGUGCCACAGAAAACUCAUACCUCACUUCCAGUGGAGAAUUUGAGACAUACUUUGACAAUGAGAGAAUCCAUAUUCCAGAAUCUGAGAAUAAACUAUUCAGCUUCCACAAGUUGUGGGCAUUCACAGGCCCAGGAUUCCUUAUGAGUAUUGCCUACUUGGAUCCAGGGAACAUUGAGUCUGACCUGCAGUCCGGGGCAGCUGCCAGCUACAAGGUUUUAUGGGUGCUGAUGUGGGCUACCUUGCUGGGUCUAGUGAUGCAGCGACUCUCAGCCCGACUCGGGACAGUAACUGGUCUGCAUUUGGCUGAGGUGUGUUACCGCUACUACCCCAAGGUACCACGGCUCCUGCUCUGGAUCAUGGUGGAGAUAGCAAUCAUUGGCUCAGACAUGCAAGAGGUUAUUGGUACCUCUAUUGCUCUCUACCUCCUCUCCAACAAGGCUAUCCCUCUCUGGGGUGGCGUGCUCCUGACUGUGGCUGACACCUUCACCUUCCUUUCCCUGGACCGUUAUGGCCUGCGUAAGUUGGAGGCAUUCUUUGGAUUCCUCAUAACUGUCAUGGCCAUCACAUUUGGUUACCAGUAUGGUGUGUCAAAGCCAGACCAAGUGGAGGUACUCAAGGGUCUGUUUAUACCUGGGUGCUCAGGAUGUGACAACCGGGCACUGUUGCAGGCUGUGGGCAUUGUUGGGGCUGUCAUAAUGCCUCACAACCUUUACCUUCAUUCUGCUCUUGUCAAGUCACGGGAAGUGGACCGCACCAAGAAGGAGGAAGUGCGGGAAGCCAACAAAUAUUUCUUCGUUGAGGCGUGUAUUGCUCUACUCACCUCCUUCAUCAUUAAUGUGUUUGUUGUCUCUGUCUUCGCCAAGGGUCUCUUUGGAGUUACUAAUCAUGAAGUGCAUGAGCGCUGUGUCUCCAUGAACAACACCCAUUCUGAUGUUUUCCAAGAUAAUGAUGAGCUUGUGGAUGCAGAUCUUUAUAAGGCCGGGGUGUUUUUGGGAUGCACCUAUGGGAUUACCUGCAUGUAUAUAUGGGCUGUGGGCAUCUUGGCAGCUGGACAGAGUUCCACCAUGACUGGCACCUAUGUGGGACAGUUUGCCAUGGAGGGCUUCCUUAACUUGCGCUGGAAGAGAUGGCAGAGAGUUCUUUUGACACGAACCAUCGCCAUCACUCCCACCUUCUUCAUUGCAUUCUAUCAGGACAUCAAUGACCUCACAGGGAUGAAUGACCUAUUGAAUGCUGUCAUGUCACUCCAGUUGCCCUUUGCCCUUAUUCCUACCAUCACCUUCACCUCAGCACACAAGGUCAUGGGUGACUUCAGGAAUGGAAUAUUCACCAAAGUUCUGGCAUCACUCCUCUCACUGGUGAUCAUUGCCAUAAACUUGUGGUUUGUCAUCAACUUCCUCAACACAACCCUUAAUGGCCAGUGGUGGGCAUACCUGCUGGUAGUCUGCUGUGGGGUAUUCUACUUCAGCCUCAUCAUUUACCUGACAUUCUUCUUGGUGGCAGCAUUUGGCAUCAACCUCUGCUGCAACAUUCCGAUGGGUGAGAUGUUGGCUCUCCUCCAAUCACUCGGCACAUCUCUUGUCUCCAAAGAGUCCCAAAAUAUGUCCAAAAGAAAGUCGCAAAGCACCAUAUUUGACGGCUUAUAAGAUGCAUGGGCAGGCGCAUGGCAUUGAAAAAAAAAAGAAUAAAUAAGCAGGUUUAAGCUCUAAAUAUGAAGUGAAGGGUUUCUCCUGACAUUUGAAACCCUCUCAUAUGUUCUGUUCAGAUCCUUAUUGGAUACCAAUAUUGUACAUUUAAAAACUUUAAUAUUUGUUAGGACCUACCAACACUGGUUCUUAGACCAAUCCUGCUGUGAGAUGCAAACAAAUAUGGCAUAGGCAGUGACAUUGUCAGACCCUGGAGGGAUAAUAAUUUUUUAUCAUCAUUCUACAUGUAAUUCUAGUUGUAAUAUCUUAGUACAUAUUCGAAGCAUAAAGAUGUGUGAAAAUAGAUUUACCUUAUUCUCUACUUAUUUUUAUUUGAAAUAUUCAGUACAAACCAUCACCAUGAACCGCCCAACCUCAUGAUGCUCUUUUCACUUAUAAAAUCUUUUGUUUUGUUAGGCAGUAAGCUAUUUUCUAAAAAAGAAAUUGUUUCUCAUUAGCUUCAAGUUUUGUUGAACAUGUACGCAAAGUAAGAAUGUGAAAAGAUAGGUGCAGUUUCAGUUGUAUGAAGGUGUCUUACCUUAAGGAAUAAUGGCAUCAUACCAAGGAACACAGUGAAUCUUGUGCGUGUUGCCAGGUUUGAUGUGUAACCAACUGUGAUUUUUUUUGGUACAUGCAAUGUAAGCAUCAUCACUUAAUUUCUUCCCGACUGGUGUUAUUUUAUGUAAAUUACCAGUUAGUACGACCUGUAUACAUUGUUACCUUGUAAAAAAGAGUUGUUAUUGUGGAGUAGAAGCGAUGCAAAGAUGUUUGGGAUUUGAUUUAAGGGCCAUUGUUGCCACAGAUUUACCACCAGCCACUGCCCCAAAGCUGAACCUUGACCUUAAGACACAGGCUCAUUUUCUGAGACUUUUUUGGAGGGAAAAAAGGCGCAUCUUAUAAGCCAUCAAAUACAGUAUUUUCAUGACCUUGUAGUGAAUCAGAGCAAGGUGGGUGGCUGGGUGGUAUGUCACCCCCAUCCUAUCUCCUAUCAUCCCCUCCUCUUCUUUGUCAUGUGACUCCCCAACAUCCAGUGAGAGGCACACACGGGCCUGUGUGGCAUGGCGUCCCUCCUUUGUCUAGUUGGCUGUUUACAGGCAGAUGGUGCAGACAUGACAAGCAAGGAGAGAGCAUUGGUAUGGAAUAGGGCUAUAUUUACCUGUUUAGAGGGCGCUUGGUAGUUAAUAUUGCAUGUGAGUUAGCAGCAGCACUGCCUGUCAAUUUAAGUAGGUAACACACCAGUCAUAAGGUUUCAACUGAGUGUGAUAUGUCAGCUUAGACUCAUGGUGACAAAUCCCCUCGCCCAUCCUGUCUGUUGUCAUGUGUUUGGUGUAUCAUCUUUUUUUGUGCUGUUAAGUGCUACUAGCUUCAUAGUUCUUUUAAGAGCUUUGGACAGAGAAGAUUAUAGUUUCUCUGCUGUGCAGUAACUUAUAUUCCCUCCCUGGGCAAUAUGCUGUUGGGGUGAUUUUGUCCAUCUUUUGGGAAUCUGUAAAUGGUACUGCUCAGGAGGAAGAGAUGAUAUUCUAUGAGCAUGGAUGGAUUUGUUUGUCAUUUCGUGAGGGCAAUAGCUCAUAGAAUAUUACAAUCCUCAGAAGCACUUGUUCCUUGUUGUAACUCUACCUCUUCUCCAGCACGUUGGAGUUGUUUGGCAGUUGCAAUAUUCCCUUAUCUGUAGGAAAUGAAACCAGUUGGCAACCUCAUUUAUUUAACUCACCACAGGAGACUAGAAGGACCCUGCAAAGGUGACUUUGAGCCCUGCACUAAACUACUAAGUUGAUAGUUUAUGGAGGUUGACCCAAGGUAGUGGCAGCUGUGAGAGGGGCUGAGCCUUUUGUUGCAACAAUGUAUUUGAUGGUUACAGGAGGCCAGUGGGACCCUGUAAACACAUGUGUGGGCCCUGCACUAGCCUAUGCAGGAGGUAGGUUAGGGAAGCUGAUCCAAGUUAGUGGCAGCUGUGAGAGGGGCAGAAUCUGUGUCAUAACAAUACAGUGGUACAUGACUUACGAGUGCCCUAACUUACAAAUUUUUUGAGAUACAAGCUAUUGCUUAGUUGAUUUUUUAGUUUGAAUUGCAAGUCAAAAUCUGAGAUAUGAGGGAGCUUCAGAUAUGCCACCACUAGUUGACACAGAAAAUGCCACAUCUGUCCAGCAUUCCUCAUCUCAUUCAUUCACUUCACAUGUUUUUAUAUAACAUUUAUUAUUUAUAAAUGCAUUUUCCUUACAGUAAAGCCGCAAUAUAACAAACACAUAUAGGGAGAGAAGGAGAGAAAUAGAGAUAAGUGACCUUGACAAUGGCUGAUACAAUCCUCUCUCUCUCU